AUGACACCUUUUGGGCUACAGGAUAAAAGUACAAGCAACUAUAACUUCACAGCUCUUUGUAGAUCGCCUGGUAAAGAAGGGUCUCCUCAGAGCAAAGACGGAGUUAACUGUUUUGGCGGAGACAAGUGUGUUAAUUCUUCCUGUCUUCAGACUUGUACGACUUUUGGUGAUUUUUAUAGUUGUGAAUGUAAUAUGGAAAACAAAUUAGGACCGGAUUUGACGACAUGUUUUGUAAAAACGGAGAACAACUGUUCAAGGGUAGGUCAGAGACUUGACAGCAGCAACAACUGUAGUUGCGCUGAAGGUUAUGUAAAGAAUCAAACAGGCGGUAACAACUGUGUUGAUGUAGACGAGUGUCUGAGCUCUCCAUGUCAACAUGUUUGUACAAAUUUGAACGGUUCCUACAGCUGUGGAUGUUACCAUGGAUACAACCUAAUUUCUGACAACGAAACUUGUGACGAUAUAGACGAGUGUCAAACUACAGCACACAACUGCUCCCAGUUAUGUAACAACACUGUAGGUGGUUACACCUGUAGCUGCCAUCAAGGUUAUGAGUUACACAACAACAGCAGAUUUCUCUGUGUGGAUGUCGACGAAUGUGCUUUAGGAAAUGACAACUGUUCUGAUGGUUGUAACAACACGGCCGGUAGCUACGUGUGUACAUGUAAGGACGGCUAUCACAUUGACACACACGAUCCUUUCACCUGCGUGGAUAUGGAUGAUUGUCAACAAGGCCGACACAAUUGUACACAAAAUUGUACAAAUUCUUUUGGCUCGUACGUCUGUAGUUGUUUCCAUGGUUACCGUCUUGACAACAAAGACAACGUCACUUGCUUGGAUAUCAACGAGUGUAAAGAAAACUCAGACACCUGUGAAAAUACCUGUGUCAACACAUUAGGUUCUUACACCUGUACCUGCCCACUAGGUUACCAACUUGACCAAGAUGGUAGCUCCUGUGUCAAGACCAGAUCACAACCAUCUUGUCCCUGCUCCUGUAGGACUCAGACCAGAAUCAACAUGUCCAGUACUCUAAUGGCCGUUCAGAAAGAUAUUGACCAGAUCAAAAAGAACUUGACCGUUGAGACUCACGACCUGUCGUCCUACAUACGGAGCAAGACUUCCGCUACAGACGACAGAAUGACGGCAAAGACAGUCGGUUUAUUUGGCGCCAUUUUGUUCGGGAUCACCAUGGGAGUUGUAGUAGUUCCUGACGUCAUCACACUCAUAAAGUUCCUGCUCUCAAAGCUGAGGCCUGUCUGCAGAAAAAACGUCGUUGAGUGUAUAUGA